AUGUCCAACCCGCAGAUCUUGUUCCGCCACACGACAUUCCAUGGGCCGUCACUGCUCAGGAACAAGAGAUCAACGAUACGUGGCAAUACUCUGAGGACGCAACUUGAGCAAUUACGCACUACCGGCCGCUACCAUUGCUUUAAGCUCAAGUGGCACCCUGCGUACGACGAGGACUUCCCCUUGACAUGGCCGGUACCCACAAACCUGUUUUGGGAUAGCGACGUCGCCAAAUGGAUCGAAGGCGCAUGCUAUUUCUUGUUCGAGGAAUACGAUGCUGAAAUCGACUCCGCAGUUCAGGAGCUCGUCAACGAUAUUAGAAGCGCCCAGCAGGAGGACGGAUAUCUUAACGUUCAUUUCACCGUCGUCGCGCCCAAUGACAGAUGGACCAAUCUCAGGGACAUGCAUGAGUUGUACAACGCGGGACAUUUGAUUGAAGCGGCCCUGGCGCAUCAUCAAUACUACAAGAAUGAUUUACUCCUUGAGCCCAUCAACAAGUACGUCAACUUGAUACGGUCGACUUUCGGACCUAGCAAGGACCAGAAGCACGGAUAUCCAGGGCAUCCGGAAAUCGAGCUUGCCCUCUUACGCCUAUACAGCGUUACGGGACAUGACGACGCCUAUGAACUCGCUCGCUACUUUAUUGAGGAGAGGGGUAACCCUCGUGGGCAGGACGGCAUGAACUAUUUCGAUUGGGAGGAAAAGCAACGAGGCGACUCUCCUUGGCUGAGACCGAACCAUUACACCAAAGCCGGGAGCCACUGGUACAACCAAGCCCACGAACCCAUUCUACAGCAAAAGUCUGUCGAGGGUCAUGCUGUUAGAGCCAUGUACUUAUUAACGGCCGUUGCGGACCUCCUUUGUAUUCACAAGCCCGGAGGCGAGUUUAGCGAGCCUGAGAAGUGGGCAGAGGCUGUCGGUAGAUUGUGGGAUAACAUGGUUCAGAAGAAAAUGUAUCUGACCGGAGGGAUCGGCGCCAUCGAGCAGUGGGAGGGGUUCGGAGUUGACUAUUUCCUUCCGCAAGGAACGGACGAAGGGGGUUGCUACGCGGAAACCUGUGCUUCCAUAGGGGUCAUGAUGCUCGCCGAGCGACUUUUGCAGCGAGACCUCAACUCCAAGUACGCCGAUGUCAUGGAACUCUGCCUAUACAACGGAGUGAUGACGGCCAUGGACCUUCAAGGUAAGGCCUUCACAUAUGUCAACCAACUGGCUAGCUCAGAUCGCCAUCCUAGCCAGCGCUGUGACUGGUUUUGGUGUGCCUGUUGUCCCCCGAACCUGCUGAGGCUUUUCGGCAGCCUCGGUGGGUAUGUUUGGGACUUUGGUUGUGGCGAGGGCGAUGCUUUCAUCAAUGUCCACCUAUAUACUUGGGCAAAGUGCACUUUUGACGCUGGGGAGGGUGGCAACAGCAUUACCUUGGAGCAAAAGAGUAACUGGCCCUGGGAGGGUAACAUUCUCUUUCAACUUCAGGCGCCAUUGUCCGUAUCUACUACGGUCCGGUUAAGGAUUCCAGGGUGGGCUGAGGGAAAUUUUACCCUGACGCCAUCUUUUUCCGGGCACAAGGUGGAGAAUGGCUACCUCGUACUGCCGCCUUCGUACACAUCCUCGCAUCCGAAUUUCUCGAUUACUAUCGGUGGUUUUUCGCCUAGGUACAUCACGCCCCAUCCUUACACCGGCCAACGUACGCUGGCCCUGGCAAAAGGACCCAUCGUUUACUGCGUGGAGGAUUUCGACAAUCCAUAUGAAACAAACCACUUUAAGGAUGUCGUUAUCUCGGCAGACUCCGCCAUCGAGGAGGAGCAGACAGUCUUGGAGGGACAUCAGGAGUCGUACGUCAAAUUGACCACUGUGGGCUGGCGGCGUGAAGGAAUCGAGGAACCAAGUCCUUCCGUGGGCCCCGGUUGUGCAUGCUUCAACUCUGAGCAGCUGGGCAGGGAGAGGAAGCUGGUGUUUGUGCCCUACUAUCUGAGGGCUAACCGAGGCGGAAAGGGCCAGAUGAGAGUGGGUCUGUUGAGGAAAUAG